AUGCUCUCCAAACUCUUUAACUCCGCCGUAACCUUCUUCCACUCUGCCCCACCAACCAAAGGCACUCAAAAGAAACAGCUCGGAACCAGGUCGCCGCUCAGGGAGAUGGUCACGACUAGAGGUCAAAGCGGCAAGCAUGCCAUUGACACUGGAUCCAUCGCUGACGAUGCCAAAGUGGUGGGAACUCCUGGAAGUUCGAGAAAGCGACAAAGAAAGGCCGGAAACUCAGAGGCCCUGGAGCUAAGAGACAAUGGUGAUGCUAGAACUCCCGCAACGAAGAAACAGAAGAUUCUCUCGACAGACGGUGGGGAGAGUAGAAGUUCCUCAACGAAGAAAGGAAAGGCUCUCCCGGUACGCGCCAAGGAUGACGAGACGCCAAACAGAAAGACCCGAGCUGUGGUGGAAAUCCCGGCCUUUCAGGGUGGAUUGGGAUCUAGUGGGCGCAAACUGAAAAAAUCACGAGAAGAAGUUGCUGAGAACGAGGAGGAGCCACAGAAGAGUGAUGCUGAUACCUCGCGGGUGGAGGAGGUUCCUGAUUCAGAGUCUGAAUCUAAUGAUAACAAGUCCGGGCCAAAGCCCUCCAAAAGCCCAAUGCCCCGAGGGAAUAAGAAGAUGAAGCAAAAGGAUUCGGUUAAUAAGGAAACUCCUGAGGUCACCGAAGCAAUAUCAAGCCCAGCCAACAUCCCAGCCAAGCCAAAACAUAAACGUUUCGGUAGCGAAGAACCAGAGACACCAGAGGUACCAGAAGCUGAGGUGUUUUCGACCGCCCCUGAGAUCUUAGAGUCGGAAGACGAGAGCAGCGACGACGACGCCCCAGAAGUGGUAGGAGCCCAAGAGGCAUUGGAGACUGCAAAAUUGAGGGAGCGUGAGGCUGCAAAAGCUGUUGAAGUGCAAGAAGCUGCGAUUCGAAAGAAACGCAAGGAGCGAGAUGCGAUUUUGAAAGAACAAGCCAAGGCAGCUGCCAAGAAGCGCAAGCGCGAGGAAGAAGAAAUUCAAGUGCCUGUUGAAGCCGGCGUUCUUACUGAUGCCCAUGAGAACGGAAUUGCAAACCCUGGCUCUGAAGAUGCAAACGACGAUGCUCAAAACAACGAACCACUCACCGCAAAACCCUCCUUAAAACUCACACCCAGGGCCUCCCUCCCUGAAUUCCUUCCCGCAGAGUACUUGGAAGAAGAUGAAGAGAGCGAAGAGACCCUCCAAUUCGAAUCCACACCCCAACAGCAACAACAGCCAGUGAAAAAAGCGAAAAAGACGAAAUUCACAGACCUAGUUGAGAAGAAGCCGAAGGAUAUCCGUAAGGGUUCGACGAUCUAUCGGGUCGCUGAGGCACGUAAUAUGAAAUUGCCACCAAAGUCGUCGUUCCAGGCUAGGUCGGUAAAGGAGUCGUGGUUGCAGGGCAGGUCGGGUUCGGGGAUUGGGACGAAUCGGAAACCUUUUUCUAAUAGCUUCUACAAGGCGAAGUAG